CGUCUCCUCAGCUCGUUGCUCCUACGGGCUUUGCUCCUUAGGCCGAGAUUUUUUUUGAAGGACCGAAAUUUCUGCCCAUUUGUCGAAUCCUUGUCCACCCCCAGCCCCAUCCAUUCAAUCUCUUCACACGUGUCCGCUUGGAAAGGAGGUUUUCGUUCGUCCUCCUAAGCAUCACCUACCCCUCUUCUUCCUCUCCCCUUCUCUCCUCUUCCCCUCUCUCUUCUCAGCUACCUUUAUUCCCUGGCACUUCAUUUUUUUGUUGUUUCCGACAAGACCUUAGGUAACCUUAAGUGAGGUGACAUACUUGUUUCUAAAAAGGGCUGCCUGCCUCCCCAGGAAAACUUAGUUUCUCUUGCACCAAACUACCCUCCUUUGAAUUGUUCUCUGCUUCAGCUUACUGUAAUUAUCCUUCAUUUUGUCCUACUGCCCCAGUACGUAUCAUUCUUGGAGGACUAAUCUUUUCUCAUGCAGGAUUCCUGUACAGUAGGUGUGCAGUGUGUGUGUUCGCAUACUCUCGUGUGAUUAGACAGUUGAGGGACUCUCCUGUUCCUACUGUCUUCAAGAUGGCAAUAUAAUAUUUUCAUUGUUCUCUGAGACCUUUUUAUUGUUUUCUUGAGCUUUCAUACAAAUUCUGAAGUCAAGUUUGGUAAAAUGUCACAUAUCAAGUAGGAGGCCAAAUUGAGGGAUUUUUUUCAUGGACUUAACACACCAUGUAUUUUCUUAGUUUGAAUAUGUUGCUGCUUAUCUUUCAAGAUGAUUUCUCCCUUUCUUCUAUGCUUAAAUGACUUCUCUGAUUGAGACAUCUUUCUUGGUCUGUUUUUUCUGUCUUUUCCUUAUCUGUACCUGGCUGUAGGUCGGAUGGAGUCUAAUGACACACUGGAAGCUGUAACUGAUUGCUUUUGCUUACAUCUGCCACCUCUGUGUAUGGGCAAGGUUCUCUUUUUCUUAAUGAGUCUAUAAAUGAGGUGGAUAUAAAACAGCUACUGAGAAACUCCUGUGUGUUUCUUUAGGUCCUGGUUAGGUUUAAGGGCUUAGAACAUGCUGCCUUUGGGAGAGGGUCAGAUGGGGAUAAAGUAGCUUUUACUAAGUGUGUUUCAAACCACAACAUAAGGACAAAAUCCCUUUAACUCCGGGUUGAACCCUACCCAUCUCACUAAGUAGUCAUAGCAUCUGGACUCAGGAACUGUUUUUUUUCUUUUUUAAUACUAUAAAAUUAUUCUGAUAUCUGAACCAGCAUUAAAUAAAGCAUAGACUUUGCAAAGGAGAAGGAAAAAUGAUGGAAAACACAUUUCUUUUGGACAGAUCUUAAGGCCAGAGAAUGGCAGGUGAACAGAAACCCUCAAGUAACCUCCUGGAACAGUUUAUUUUACUAGCCAAAGGUACUAGUGGCUCAGCUCUCACUGCUCUCAUAAACCAAGUCUUGGAGGCUCCUGGAGUAUAUGUCUUUGGAGAACUGCUGGAGCUGGCCAAUGUGCAGGAGCUUGCAGAAGGAGCUAACGCUGCAUAUUUUCAGUUGCUGAACCUGUUCGCCUAUGGAACAUAUCCAGAUUAUAUAGCCAACAAGAAGAGCCUCCCAGAACUGAGCACGGCUCAGCAGAACAAGCUGAAGCACCUUACCAUCGUGAGCUUGGCGUCGAGAAUGAAGUGUAUCCCCUACUCCGUGCUGCUGAAGGACCUGGAGAUGCGGAAUCUCCGGGAACUGGAAGACCUCAUCAUCGAGGCUGUCUACACUGACAUCAUCCAGGGCAAGCUGGACCAGCGAAACCAGCUUCUGGAAGUAGACUUCUGCAUUGGCCGUGACAUCCGAAAGAAGGACAUCAAUAAUAUUGUCAAGACCUUGCAAGAGUGGUGUGAUGGCUGUGAAGCAGUCCUGCUAGGCAUCGAGCAGCAAGUACUGAGAGCCAACCAGUACAAGGAGAACCACAGCCGAACUCAGCAGCAGGUGGAGGCAGAGGUUACCAACAUCAAGAAGACCCUCAAAGCCACCGCGUCCUCCUCAGCUCAGGAGAUGGAACAGCAGUUGGCCGAACGGGAGUGUCCCCCUCACGCUGAGCAGAGGCAGCCCACCAAGAAGAUGUCCAAAGUGAAAGGUCUGGUCUCCAGCCGCCACUAGGGCCGGCUGGGGCAGCUGGCACUCACCAGGCCUGGGUCAGGUGGGGAGGGGACACCGAGGGCCUAUUUCCUCCUCUCUACCUUCAGUGAGUUCCAGACCUGCCCGUCCCCUCACCAGCGCCUCCCCACCCUGUUGGUACUGUUCCAGAAGAACCGUUCACUCCUUUCCCUUGCCCAUGCCCUUCUCCCCAGUUGUUCCUUCAGACUCAGGGGCUCCACUGAUGCCAUCCCAACAGGGUCAGACACUGCCCGGCUCCCCUCCAGGAGGUUCUCGUCUCUGUUUAAGGGCUUGUCUCUCCCAGUUUUUCUUUUGCUCCAUGUCAUUUUGUCAGGCUGGUCAUAGCCGGAGUCAGCUUUAACUGGCCCACAGGGAUGACUGCGAAGGAGGCUCCUCUCUGAGUGAGGAGGGGGCACUCCUCCACCCCAUGUACCACAGCACCCACAGUGGUGCAGGCACUCUAGCUAGGUAUCACAUGCUCUGUUUCCCCUCUCCUGCCUUGUCCCUCAUUGGCAGCUCUGAUCAGGCCAUGGAGGGAUGCGAUGCUGGGCUGUGUUUACUAAACCUGCGGGUGUUCAGCCUCUUAAGCCCAGCUCAAAUCUCUCGUUAGUCGGGAGCACUGGGCUGAUUAACGUCUGGUAUCUGAGCCCCGGUGGAGGGUGCUGUGGGUCUGCUCGGUGGCAGAAGCUGCUUCCAGCUUGGUGGUCACUGGUGCCUCUGCCUGCUCAGACGGUUUUUGGUGUGAUGACCCCAGCUGCCCACUGGGGCUGUCUGCCAACACUUGCUCUCCCCAGAUCUUUAAUUACUCCUGGCUGCAUCCGUGGUGGGGAUGGUGGUGCUGAGGCCCCUCUGUCUGGGAAGGACCUGUUGCUGCUUCUGUCUUUCUUUCCAUCCCUCCUUGGCUGAUGACCCAGAGCCCUCUGAUGAUGGCAUUCUCCUGGCAAGAGAAAAGGACUUGACUAGCCUUUCUGAACUUGAACAGUUUCAGGUUAUAUUUUAAUUUUUUUUUUUUUUUGUACAGGUUCUGAUUCUAAUACAUUUCAACAUGUCUUUUCCC